AUGGACGCCAUCCAGAUGGCAUCCGCCCGUGAGCACACUGUGCCGUUGACAGCAAGCGCGUCGAUGACGCCGGUGCAGGCGCGCCCCGUGUCGGCAGAUGGGCUGGGACCACAGCGCCAUUCCAUCGCUGGCUCACGAAGCCCCGACCUCCGUCCAGGUGCCCGAAACAGUUCCCGAUUGGGUGCUGUUGUCGAGGAAGAUCCGGGACUCAAGUUGCGCUCGCCGCAGGUAGACAUUCGCACUGCAAUGCCUUCCAUGUCACCGCGCGUGGAUACAGAUCGCCUCAUGAGCGCUCCGAUGAUGAAGGGACGCAAAGAGGUCGCGAGGAGGGAGUCACAUGGGGGGAGCUUCACCGUGCCGGGUGGGGGGGCGACGGCCUCCAGUCAGGCAAUGAUCAGCACCAGCCAGGGCACGGGUGGCAGUGACUCCAGCUCAUUGGCGAGCACCUGGGUCCUUGAGACCUUGAAGAAGUCUUUGCUCCAAGAGGCGGUCGCGAACCCGAAAGGUUCCAUGACCGGCCCCUGUUUGCCAGCGGGGGUGCCGGAUAUGGUUCAGGAGUUGCGCCAGAUCCGACAGGAAAUGAGGAGGGAAUCCGAGGCGCGGAAGCAGCUGGGAACCAACCUGGACUCCCUGCUCCAGGAAGAAAGGAAAAGACGAGAUGAGGCCAUCCGCACAUCGCAGAGCCUACGCGAGCAGUGCGAGAGCCGACUGGAGCAAAGAUGGCAUACCACUGUCAAGGAGGAAUCUGCUUUGCGUCGUGCUGUGGAGAGCCAUCUCGAGGCGCGCCUGGGAGCUAUGCAGCGGGAAGUGCGGCUCGAAGUAGGCGCCGCCGCAACCCAGACGCAGCAAGUCCUGAGUGAGUUCGGCCAUUUUCGAGACAACAUCCGGCAGGAGCUGGACCUGCAAAAGCUGGAAAUCAGCAACGCCACCGCGGAUCUUUCCAGGCUGGUCGACCAACUCCGGACCCAAGCAAGGGGCGAGGUGACCUCCCCGACAGCAUCAUCGUCCAUCACCGAGGGCCUUGUGCGCGCAGAGGUCCGUCGCCAGCUGAAUGAAAGGUCAUCUGAAGCUGUUCCGGGAGUGACGUCUGUGCCUCCUGGGGAGUUGCAAGCACUGGCCAGCAGGGUCGAGCAUCUCGAGAAGGCUCUGGAGGCGGAGGCCACCAGCCGGCACGAGGAAGCGACCAAGCUCUUGUCGACCUUUCACGAGCUGGUAGCCGGGGGCCGGCAGCGCCAUGAUGAGGCCUUGCAAGAGGUUGAGAAACGACUGCAGGCAAAGCUAGACACAGCGGUCGCCGAGGCCAAGGCUGUGCAGGAGGCAGCCGAGACGCACAGCAGGAGCCAAGCGGCUGAGAUGCAGGCGACACGCGAGAGGGAGGAGACUUACAUGCUGCUGCUGAAGUCGUUUGACGAGAAGAUUCCCGAGGAGAGACUGAAGGUGCAGGCGCUCUUGGCAGAGCAGCAAGUGCACCUGGAAACCACGACCAAGGACCUGGAGAAGCAGCUUCAAGCGAGCCUGGAAGCCAGCGUGGCUUCGUUCGUGGAAAGAAGCUCGAAGGAGCUCAUGACCAACCGCCAAGACCUUCUGGAGUUGCGGGAGGAGCUCCAGGAGGUGGCGCGCAGCAGCCGCGAGGGCCUGGACAAGGCUGUCUCGCGGCUGAGCCGGCCGCCGGCUGCUGAUGCACCUGGCCCUGAGCUUGAGACCGGUGCAAAGGCGAAUCCCUUGCUGCCUGACCUGCAGGAUGUGCAGCGCCUGAUUGACGGCCAUACGAAGCUACGCGAGGAGCUUUGGGUGGACGUCGACAGGGUUCGAAAUGAGCUGCGACUAGAGUCCUCGUCACGGAAGGAUGACGUGCAGGGCGUGCGCUCCAGUGUGGACCGGAUACGCGAGCAGGUGAUGGGGAUGUCUUCCCUGCCUGCGUCAGGUGGGGCUGCGACGGGGCUUUCCGGCACCUCAGCGGAAGAGCUGCGUGCCGCCGUCGCAGCGGAGCGGUUGGCUCGGGAGGACGGUGACGACCGCUGCAUGCAGCAGGUUCGUGAGCUCCUGGGUGACGAGAGGCAAAAGCGAGUCAGUGACAUCAGUGCACUGGAGUUGCGGGUGCAAUCGGAGGAGCAGACGCUCUUCGUCGAAAGCGGCAAGAGAGAGGAGCGUGAUCGUGACAUCCUGAGCCAGCUGACCAACGUCUUCCAGGAGCUGGACAGCGUCAAGCUCCAGAUGACGGGCACUGCAGCACAGCAGCGCCAGAAGUUGGAUGAAUUGUCCAGGACCCAGGCGACCCAGGCGGCCCAGGCGGCCCAGGGGGCAGUGGCCCAGGUAAACCCGCCGCACCAGGUGCCCAGCACAGUUCCGAAGCUGGCCCCCCGUGGAAGUGGGAGCCCAAUGAAUUCAGGCUUUGUCACGCCCACGGGCAUCAAUGUCCGCCCGGCUCCGGCUGGUCAUCCUGUUCGUGUGGGACAGGCCCCACAUUUGCAGUGGCCAGCAGGGCUCCGCGCUCACUCUCCGAGUGGUGGCAAUUGA